UGGAUCCUAGAGAGGCAGUCAGUAAGUCAGUGUGUCCGGGUAGGUCUAAGUGGUGAGGAGUGGGACAUUGUCGUGCACCUAAAACCACGAUGGAUGACUAUCCGAUGUAUGUGAUGCUUGUUGGGUUCUCCCUCUGGGGGACCCUCUGGCGUCUCCUCUUUCCUCUGGGGUUCUGGCACGCGAUGAUGUGUAGAGUAGACACCCGGGGUGGUACUUCCACCAAGCCAUAUUCGAAGGAGGAGGAGGAGAAGAUGRCCGCCAUUCUGAGGGAAAGGAAGGAGAAGAGAGAGGCCAAGAAGAAGGCCCUACAGGAGGAGCAGGCGGCCAAGUUGAGAAAGAUUGAGGAAGAGAUGGCCAGAGAGAAGGAGAGAAUCAUGAAGGAACAGGAGGCGAAAUUGAAAGAGGUGGACGAGGAAGAGGAGGAAGGACCGCCACUACAAAGGAGGAAUGGACAGCAUAGUGGCAGCAAAGACGAGGAGAUGGAGAAACGGAUUUCGGAGUGGGUCGCCAACUUAUCUUUGGGUGAAGAGGAAGAGGUUGCGAUGUACAUCCCCAAGGAUGAGCAAGAAGCCGCUAUGAAAAAAUGGGAAGCAGAAGAAGAUGUUCUGAUGCGGCGGGCGAUGGAAGAUGAACAGAGGAUGACGUGGAAGCUCGCAAUGAUGAGGGAGAAGAAGAGAAGAGUGGAGGCGGCGAAUGCAGCAAUACAGGAAUUGGAGGAGGUGCAGAAAUCGAGUUUACAGUUGACACCCCAGGUAGAUCUCCAGCGAAAGGUGGAAAUCAUUGCCCAGAGCGUCGAGCGUUUAGCCAAAGUGCAAGAAAAGCACUAUGAGUUUAGUCGCAGCCAGGAGAUAUCGGUGCGUUCGAUGCGAACAGGAUUACGGGACUUUGCUCGCGAGUUAGUAGGCGCUAUGGGGUCCGAGGUGASUCACCGCCUCGAGAAGACUGAGCGUUUUUGUGUCGGCGCCAUUGAGGGCGUCAAGGUGGCAGCUCCCAAGGAUGAGGAGGCUCGUCCUCGCAGGGAGCCAGUCAAAGUCAAAUUCCCUGAUUCCUACAGUGGAAAAAGGGAAGAGAACUUUGACAAUUGGGAGGCCAAUGUCAGGACUUAUGUGCAUUUGCAACAGGUCUCCCCGGAUCAGCAGGUCCUAAUUGCGAUCCACGCACUUAAGGAUGAGGCCGCCAGUUUCGCAAGGUCCCUUGUUCGUGCUGCCAACUACAGUGACGAUCCGGUUGCGUACUCCACAUUCACCCCCCUCGUUGAGUUCCUGAAAUUGCUGCGCGAGCGAUUUGCUGAUGUCGCUCGUAGUGUUAAAGCGUCAGAUAGGCUGCAGACGAUCCACGCCCGCAAGUGGAAGAGUGUCAGGGCACUCAAGGGUACGAUGGAUGAAUUGGUGGCCACUCCUGACCAUGGGGUCACAGAGGCCCAAUUGGUCAAUCUCUUCUAUCGAGCAAUGCCCGAGGCUUUUCGAGGGCAGUUCUUCGCAAAGAGCGAAGACCCUGCCACCACUUACGAUUCUCUUAGUUGUGAGGUGGUGGCUUUUGAAGCUAAGUCCGUGUCCCUGUCUACCUUCUGGCACAAGGACUUAGACAAAUGGAAGCAAUGGAAAGGCCGCACUAUCUCAGGGCAGGUAAAGACCAAGGACACCCUUGUCCUGACCUUAGACGAGGGUAGUGUGGAUGAGAUCCCCUACGAACAGAUUGAGUGGGGGUUAGAGGAAGAGGACAGUGGUGUGGGCCAGGGGAGGACUUACGCUGCUGUCGCGGCUGGAGGGAGGCCGCAAGGAGGACGAGGCCAGGGCCAAGGGGGUCGGGCCUCAGGGAGCCGGUUUCAGGGUGAUCAGGGGGUUGGCGGCAGAGGAGGAAACCGCCAAGCGGGAGGCAGGGGUCAAGGUCUCCCGCAAAACCGUCCUAGGAACAGGUCUCCCUAUAGGGUCUUGGAGAAGCUGAGGGAAGCUAACUUCAAGAUCAAUGCAAAGAAGUGCGAUUGGGCAAAGACCCAAGUUUUGUAUUUAGGCCACGUCUUAGACGGAGACGGCAUCAAGCUAGAGGAUAGCAAGAUCGCAGCGAUUAGAGAUUGGGCGACACCGCGUAGAUUGACAGAGUUGCGGUCGUUUUCAGGCCUAGCCAACUACUAUAGGAAGUUCGUAAGGAACUUCUCCACUAUCGCUGCGCCCCUUCGCAGGUUGCUCAGGAAGGAGACCAUCUGGAAGUGGGACAAGGGCUGCACGUCUGCUAUGAAGAAAUUAAAACAGGCGUUGAUAGAGUAUCCGGUCUUUAAGGUCGCCGAUUCGUCCUUGCCUUUUGUCGUUAUUACGGAUGCUAGCCAGUACGGCAUAGGUGCGGUGUUACAGCAAGACGAUGGCAAUGGCUAUAGACCCGUAGAGUUCAUGUCCGCCAGGAUGCCUUCAGAGAAGGUUGCGACAUCUACCUACGAGAGGGAACUCUACGCUCUCAGGCAAGCGUUAGACCACUGGAAGCACUACUUGAUUGGGAGGCACUUCAAAGUCUACUCAGAUCACGAGACAUUGAGAUGGUUAAAGACGCAGGCCAAGAUGACACCUAAGCUUACUAGGUGGGCCGCCGAGAUAGAUCAGUACGACUUUGAGCUCAAGCCUGUCAAAGGGAAGUACAACGUAGUUGCGGACGCUCUGAGUAGAAGGGCAGAUUACUUUGGGGCAAUAGUGCACUAUCUCGAUAUAGGGAAGGACCUGCAACAGAAGGUUAGAGAAGCUUACGCGCAGGACCCUAUCUAUAGUGACCUCCUUAAGAAAGUCAAAGAGGCCCCAGAGACUGAGCCAAACUACCGCACUACCGAAGGGUUGCUUUUCGAGAAGACUAAUGUCUUUGACCGCCUGUGCAUUCCCAGUAACGAAGAAAUUCGCAGUCUGAUUUUGGGAGAAUGCCACGACACAGAGGGUCAUUUUGGUUGGCAGAAGACUUUAGCCAAUCUGAUGCGCGCGUAUACCUGGCCAGGGAUGAAGAAUGACUGCGUAGAGUAUGUUCGCAGUUGUAAAGUCUGCCAGCGUAACAAGACUACUACACGUGCCCCGUUAGGUCUUCUUUGACCCUUGCCCAUUCCGGAUCAGCCGGGAGACUCAGUGUCCAUAGACUUCAUGGACACGCACGUCAAAAGCAGGCAUGGCAAGAGCCAAGUCAUGGUCAUAGUUGACUACUUUAGCAAGUAAGCAGUUUUUGUUCCUUUGCCUUCACAGGCACGUACUGAUUUAGUCAUACAGAGAUUCUUUGACUGUUGGGUGAGCGAGAAUGGAAUCCCACUGUCUAUAGUUAGCGAUAGAGAUAGUCGCUUUACUAACCAGAACUGGCAAGAACUCAUGGGAGUAUACGGAUCUAAGUUGUUGAUGUCGUCCGACCGUCAUCCAGAGAGCAAAUGAACAAGAUCCUACAGC